GGAGCUUCCGGAGAUGCCUAUACUGCCCUUAUAGGAGAUCGGGAUCGUUGUUUGCUCACUGGUACUGUGCUAUUGUACCCCCCUUUGCGGUCUCCGUCAGGCUGUCAGCUCUUUGGCUAGAAGGCGCUUGUGCCACCACAGUUGCUGCGAAGCGUGCUUCCUUUGCCAUAACGAGCUACGCUUGUACUUCCAGGGUUGCUUACUGCUGCCACCGAUUGUAGCUAGCCUCGCGGCCGUUUUCGAGAUCUGGAGUGCUCGAUCCUCACCAUCCAGACGAGGUUCCUUGAACGACUCGAGCAGAUACUCUGCGGAUCCUCCUACGACAGUUCGAGGGCGCAUUCUCACUUCUCGUGGAGCCAACGGAAUAUAUGGACCUUUGGGUGAAGAGAACUACAUAGGAAGGCGCGUUUGACUCGGCUCUUGUACCCCGUCGCAAUGCUCCGCUCACGACCAGCGGCUCGAUUUCCGAGCGAAGCCCUCUCCGAGUCUUCCUCCUCCACAUCGCCUGAACGGGCCGCUGACGAUGAUACGGACUUCUUCAUGGCACAGGCCAAUGAUUCGCAGUCAUCUGUGGGCGUGACUACAGUCCGAGAGGGAAACAUUGAUAGACAAGAUGCGGCUAUACCUCCGAUCGGGCGACUGCCGCCUGAAAUCCUGAUCGCGAUAUUCUCGAAGCUCAACUCGACUGCGGAUAUGCUGAACUGUAUGCUUGUAUGCCAGACCUGGGCAGCAAACUGUGUGGGGAUACUAUGGCAUCGGCCGUCUUGCAAUAAAUGGGAUAAUCUACGAAGUGUGGUGACCUCGGUGGGAAAGCGAGAUGGUCUUUUCUCAUACUCUGAGCUAGUGAAGAGGCUGAAUCUCUCUGCGUUGACUGAAAAAGUCAGCGAUGGCACGGUCGUGCCAUUUACACAAUGCAAACGGAUCGAGCGUCUUACAUUGACGAAUUGCUCCAGGUUGACGGAUAAGGGUGUUUCGGAUCUCGUUGACGGGAACCGGCAUCUACAGGCUUUGGAUGUCUCGGAGUUACGCUCCCUCACAGACCACACUCUAUUUACGGUUGCGAAGAACUGCCCUCGGUUGCAAGGUCUGAAUAUUACAGGAUGCGUGAAGGUGACUGAUGAUUCCCUGGUUGCGGUGUCGGAAAACUGUCGACAGAUAAAACGAUUAAAAUUGAAUGGCGUCGUCCAAGUUACCGACAAAUCUGUUCUGUCUUUUUCAGAAAACUGUCCCUCGAUACUUGAAAUCGACCUGCAUGACUGCAAGCUGAUCACAAACACUUCGGUAACAUCACUCCUCUCUUCACUCCGCAACCUGCGAGAACUGAGGCUCGCGCAUUGCACCGAAAUAAGCGAUUCUGCCUUCCUAAGCCUCCCGGAGCAUUUGGUCUUUGAUAGUCUUCGCAUUUUGGACCUUACUGCCUGCGAGAACGUGAAAGAUGACGCGGUGGAGCGCAUAGUUAAUUCCGCUCCUCGCCUGCGGAACCUUGUCCUUGCAAAAUGUAGGUUCGUGACGGACCGGACUGUCCAGGCAAUCUGCAAACUGGGUAAGAACCUUCAUUAUGUCCAUCUUGGCCAUUGUUCGAACAUCACCGAUGCUGCUGUGAUCCAGCUGGUCAAAUCUUGCAAUCGCAUCCGAUAUAUAGAUCUGGCGUGCUGUAACCGCCUGACGGACGCUAGUAUCCAGCAGCUUGCGACGUUGCCGAAGCUCAGGAGAAUUGGCCUCGUGAAGUGUCAAGCAAUAACAGAUCGGAGUAUCCUUGCGCUGGCCCGUCCAAAGGUUUCUCCCCACCCGCUCGGAGUGAGCUGUCUGGAGCGAGUACACCUUAGCUACUGUGUUAAUCUGACAAUGGAUGGGAUCCAUGCACUAUUGAACCACUGCCCGAGGUUAACGCACCUGAGCUUGACGGGAGUGCAAGCGUUCUUGCGAGAAGAGCUUACUGCAUUCUGUCGAGAGGCCCCGCCUGAAUUCACACAGCAGCAGCGCGAAGUCUUCUGUGUUUUCAGUGGUGAAGGGGUCUCCCACCUUCGCGAUUUCCUGAACAGGAGUGUUGCCCCUUUCCAUGAAGAUGGAGAGGCAACUAUGUAUGACGACGAUGAAGAAUUAGACGAGGAAGAGGGCCAGGUUACGGGCCUCAUGAACGCGACUGCCAUUCACGAUGAAGAAGAUGAAGAACUGGGAGAUGGCGCUAUCGAUGUGCCACAUCCCCAUGGUUGAUACCCCUGCUUUAAGUCUAUCCGGCUGAUUCGUAUUUUACACGGUCUCGCAUCUCCCUUGUUCGGAUGCCUGUGAUCUGCUACUUCAAAGCGAGCUUCACCCGUAUGAUCAAUGUUCAUUCAUACUCAUUUCUCGCUACUUUAGCGAGAUAAACAGAGCGGGGGUAUUAGCAAACACGGAGCCCCAGCAGCCUUUGCAGAGAGGUCCAAGGACGUCUGCAACUAAGCGCAUACGCUCUACCGAGCCAUACCGACUGAUAGCGUGCAGAGCGAGAUAUAAUGAUAUUUUGUUUCCUUUCCUACCUCUGCAUUCCGCUACUCUGAAGCAAGUGCGCUAUCGUGCAGCCCGCCGCUGCCUGGGAAGACGUAUGCUCAGAUUACUUGCGUUCUGCUGUACAUACACACGCUUCGAAUACUUCGAG